AUGCGGGGCCCGCCGAGCAGUGCCGUUCGAUGGCUGCUCCUCAGCGACCUUCACUUCAAACGUCAUGACUUGGAUCGAGUGCGGCAAACGGCGAAGUGGAUCGUCGCAGAAGCAGAGAGAAACCAAGUCAACCGCGCGGUGGUGUGCGGCGACCUUCUCACAAGCCGCGCAAUGCAGCCGACGCAGGUAUUGUCCGCAUGUUACCACUUUAUCGGUCUCCUCAGUGAUGUCGUGCCGCGAAUCCAUAUCCUUCUCGGCAACCAUGACCUCGUCUACCGUCGCGACUACGAGACUACGGCGCUUAACGCCCUCAAUAUCAAACGCCUAGCCCCAUUCGUGUCGUUACAUAGCGCCGUCUCUCGCCACGAGUGGGAUGGCCGACGCGUUUUGCUACUGCCGUUUCGCGAGGAGCAGAACGUGUUGACAGAGGCCGUGGCUGCUCUUAAUCCCGACGAGGCGGGUGAUACGGUUGCCUUUGCCCAUCUCGCAAUCAACAAGGCUAUCACGCAGCGAUAUGUCGUUGGUGCUGGUGGCCUCGAUAAUCCUCGCGCAAUAAACUCCAUUACACACCACGGCUUGACGGGGCCGGGUCAGUUUGCCUCUUUGGCCCGGACCUUCACGGGACAUUUCCACAGUCAUCAGACCAUGAUCCAGGAACAACCCGGUACCGACGGUAUCGAUCUCGGGGGGAGCGUCACCUACCUCGGCUCACCCUUACAGCUAAGCUGGGCCGACCUCUAUGACGAGCAGCGGGGUGUCGUUUUGUUCAAUCCAGAAACACUCGAGCACAAACUGCUCAUCAACCCGCACGCCAUCAACUACAUAACGGCCGAUCUUCAGCAGAUUCUCGAUGAUCAAGUCAACCAAAAUGCUGUGGCAGAUAAGCACGUGAUGCUCACCGGCAAGCUUACCCAUUUCAAGUACGCCACGGCUCGGGAUAAGCUUCUUUCGCUCGGUGUGCGGAGCGUGCGGAGCUGGACCCCUAAAGGCCUUACUUUGCGUGCAGAACGAUCUUCAUUUGGCGGUCUCGGCGGGUCGGUUCCAGCGAGCGAUGCAUCUGUCCAGCCCUUGGAGGAGGAACCUAUUGGGGAUGAGACGGGUCUAGGCACAACCGACGAUGCACCGGGCUCUGACCCUAGUGCCGACGUGGCCGAGCCUCUGGCUGAAAGUCUCGACCUCAUCGCGGAGGUUCGCGGAUAUGUCGAGUCACUGGAUCUAGAUGAGUCUCUUUCUUCGCGACGGGACGAGUUAGUGCGGGUUGGACAACACAUAAUCCAAGGCUCUCGCGAUACCGCUAAUCAGGAUGACGAUGGCGUCAAAGUAAAGUACGGAGAUUUCCUUGCUGCUUCCUCUCAAGUAAUCGGCGCAAGAACCGCCACUGAACUAGCUGGUCCCUCUACCCACAUCUUCGUCGCGGAGCCGCGCUCACUUACAAUCACCAAUUUCCUCGGGGUGCAAAACACCAUCCACAUCGACUUCCAGAAGGACCUCCCCCGCGGAUUGACCUUCCUGGUAGGUGACAAUGGCUCCGGAAAAAGCACAAUUGUCGAAGCCAUGGUAUGGUGCCAGUUCGGCCAGUGCAUUCGCAGCGGACUCGCAGCCAACGAUGUCAUCAACGACAAGGCAGGCAAAAACUGCUCCGUCACGGCGGAGUUCGCCAACGGAUACGCCAUUUCCCGAUACCGCAAGCACAAGAGAGAAAAAAACCGCGUCGUAGUCUCGCUACACGGCGAGCCGCAGCCGCAGCUCGAGCACGCAGAGACGCGCACGACACAGGCGGCCAUCAACGAGCUGCUUGGCACCGACUAUGAGACAUAUAUCAGGACGGUUGUGCUAAGCCACGAGAGUGCGGCAAGCUUUUUGAACUCGACGCCGACGCAGCGGCGCGAACUUAUCGAAGCGUCACUCGGGCUGUCGAUGUUGGAUCGGUGUGGGAACCUGUCGAGGCUGCUGCUCAAGGACAUCGAGGCCAAUAUGACCAAGGUGGAAGUCGAUCUGGGAAGCUUGGUUCGAAAGAUGGAAGAUACUGAACGACGGCUUCGGGAUCUGCGCCGUACACAAAAGCGACUUGAUAAUGAGGCAGAGGAAGCUGUCGUGGCUUUGGACGCAGCCAUGCAAGACCAGGAGCGUACAAGCAAGGAAAUUCAAGCCUUGGAGCUCAAGGACGUGGAUUUGCGCGCUGAACGUUUAAUGUUGCAGAAGCAAAUCCAGGCUGAGCUGGCGGAUUUGGAACAGCUGGGGAGGGAGAUUCGACGGCUGGAGACUAAACGGCGAGAGAUGCAACUGCUGGAGAAGCAACGGCAUGCCGAGUCGACUUCAUGGCUGGGCCAGCUAGAGCAACAACUAAGUCAAAGACUCGAGGCAAUGCCUGCGGUCCACCCAACAGGCCUGCGCAAGCGCCUCCACGUCACGGAAACCUCCAUUUUAUCAUUCCUGCUAAUGGCCAUCCGGCGCCUGCGGUGCAUGUUUAGGGUUCCAAACGAUGACAGCGCCCAGGGAACAACCAGUGCAGAGAAUGAUAAAAAUGAACAAAUGGCGGCCAUCAACGGUCUCCGCCGAGACAUUGAGAACAACACAUCACGACUACAGGGCCUGAGGAACGAAGAAAAGCAGAAUAUCAACCACGCUCGCAUCAUCAGCGACCAGCGCGACCAGGCCAGACAGACACAAAAGGCCUGCGAAGCCUUGCAACAACGCGCCGCAAUCAAGCAAAGCGACGCAGCCACAUAUAAGCACCUGGCCGAAAAAGAGCAGUCCGCCCUAAACUCUCUAGACCUGAAGAAGUCCGCGGUGGCCACCCAGCUUCAAGCGCUUGCCGCUCAUCGUGAGCUCUUUGUCUUUUGGUUUACCGCCCUCGCGAAGCGCACCCGUCGCGGCUCUUCACCACUGCCCAGCUCCGCAAAAAAGGCGACGACGACGACGACAAACAACUUCCGCGAGGACAUUCUCGCAAAGUCUUUGUCACAGCUCAACACGCUUCUCAUGCAGGCCGUUACCAUGCUGUACGAUGACGAGACACGCGCGCAGCACGCCGAGAUGGAACCGUCGCCGGGGAUGAUGAUGACUAUGUUGCACUCACUACUCGACUCAUCCGCUGAGUCUUCCACUGGCACUGUAUCCCCGUCGCUCACAGAGGAGGAAUCCACCAUACCCAUCCUCAACUCCAGACUCACCAUCCACCCCGCCCUCUCCUACCCCAAACGCUCUAGCGGCGAGCGCAAGCGCCUCGACCUCGCUCUAUUCUUUGCGCUAUUGCAGCUCGCGCGGGCGAGAAGUCCACAUCGCGCACACUACGUGCUCGUCGAUGAAGUGUUUGACAGUUUGGACCGGGCCGGGCAGGCGGCUGUUGUUCGGUGGUGUGGUGCCAUGUCGCGAGCGGUGGUUGAGUGGAUAGUAGUGAUUACGCAUAGCCAAGUGUUGGUUGAACAGCAGCGGGAAUUGGGGGAGGAAGAUAUGGUGAGGAAAGUUUUGGUUGUGGAAGCAAGGAUGGGGAAGGGGGGGACGGAAUUGUUUGUUCUGGGGCGUGGGAUUGGUGGAGAUGGAAAGGUGGAAAGUGGGUGA